AUGCCAUCAAUCUAUCAAUUAAAACCAGCAUUUCAAAACUUACUGCGCCCUUUUGUUCAAAAGCUUUUUAAUAUCGGAAUCACAGCAAAUCAAGUCACCUUGUUAGCGAUGUUUAUAUCGCUAGGUUUAAGCUUUUUUCUAUACCAGUAUUAUCUGAAUCAUGCUGUAAAUGGGUGGUUAUUGCUCUUUCCCUUGUGGAUGUUGCUACGAAUGGCUUUCAACGCCAUCGAUGGAAUGCUUGCUCGUGAAUUUAAACAACAAUCCAACUUAGGUGCAUUUUACAAUGAAUUGUGUGAUGUUAUUUCGGACACAGCACUCUAUCUAUGCUUGAUUGCUUUUGGCUUUAUCAGUGCAAAAUUACUGUUAUUGAUUGCUUUCCUUGCAAUUCUAAGUGAAUACACUGGUGUAAUGGCGCCACUGAUUGGGCAAGAACGUCGUUAUGAUGGCCCAAUGGGGAAAAGUGACCGUGCAUUUUGGUUUAGUUUAAUCACAGUCGUGAUUAUCACCGUGCCAUUAUUCACUACAAAUUUACAACUUCUCGGCUUAAUCUGUAAUGGCAUACUCAUUUUAAUUGUUUCAUAUUUAGGUCAUCACACCUUUAAGAGUCAUGAUGGAACAGAAUUGUUUUAUCAACAUUGGGCAACCAACUCACCAAGCGAAACAAAAAAAGCCAUUCUUCUGUUUCAUCGUGGACAUGAACAUUCAGGACGUAUGGCGCAUUUGGUCAAGGAACUCAAUUUAAGUGAUUUUGAUUUCUUUGCAUGGGAUGCCCGCGGUCACGGCGAUUCCCCUGGUGAACGUGGUGAUGCACCUAGCUUCUCAGCAUGUGUAAAAGAUAUUCAAUAUUUUGUCCAACAUAUCGAAGAAAACUAUGGCAUCGACGCCAAGAAUAUUGCUGUAGUUGCACAAAGUGUAGGUGCGGUAUUGGCCGCAACAUGGGUACAUGAUUAUGCACCUAAAAUUCGCGCCUUGUGCCUCGCCUCACCUGCUUUUGACAUCAAGCUUUAUGUGCCAUUUGCCGAACCUAGUUUAAGAGUUAUGGAAAAAAUUCGCGGUAAUUUUUUCAUCCAAAGUUAUGUUAAAGCCAAAAUGCUGACCCAUGAUGAAGAACGUGCUCAAAGCUAUGAUACCGAUCCUAAAAUUGCUAAAGCAAUUUCGGUGAGAAUGUUGCUCGGACUCUAUGAUGCCUCUAAGCGAAUUGUUGCAGAUUCACAAAAUAUCUUUGUGCCGACUCAAGUGUUAUGCUCAGGUUCAGAUUUUGUGGUUUUUCAAAAACCGCAACGUGAAUUUUACCAAAAGCUUCCGCAUCCUAAAAAAGAAUUACAUAUUUUAGAUGGCUUCUUUCACGAUACUUUAGGUGAAAAAGAUCGCCAUAUAGCAACAGAAAAAAUACGCCGAUUUAUCCAGCAAUGUUUUGCUGUUGAAUAUCAAGCCCCAGACGUUUUAAAUGCGGACAAAAUUGGUCCAAGCUGUGCUAUCGCUGAAGAUCUCAGUUCACCAUUACCCGCUAAAUCAAUGAAGAAUGCAUUUUGGGAAAUCACCAAAAAGAAUCUAAAAAUUGGUAGCCAUUUAUCUAAAGGCUUAAAAAUUGGUGAAGACACAGGCUAUGACUCUGGAAGUACCUUAGACUUUGUUUAUCGUAACCAAUCUGAAAGUUCCAAUCCUAUUGGCAAAAUCAUUGACCGCCAGUAUUUAAAUGCGAUUGGUUGGCGUGGGAUCCGUGUUCGUAAACAAAACAUUGAACAUUUGGUUCAGAAAUAUGCAGAUAUUCUAAUUAAAAAACGCAAACCAUUGAGAAUCAUGGAUAUUGCAUCUGGUCAUGGACGUUAUAUUUUAGAUGCUGUGGUUCAAUUACCAAAACGACCAGAUUCGAUUUUAUUGCGUGAUUAUAGCGAUAUCAAUGUACAAGCUGGUCAGCAAAUGAUUGCAGCACGUGGACUGAAUGACAUUGCUGAAUUUGUUCAAGCGGAUGCAUUUGAUACACUGUCUUUGGCCUCUGUUAAACCAAAACCAUCACUUGCCGUGGUUUCGGGUUUAUAUGAGUUAUUUGCAGACAAUGAUUUGCUACGUCAAUCACUUGAAGGAUUAAGCAAAGCAAUCCUUAAAGAUGGUUAUUUGAUUUAUACUGGUCAAAUUUGGCACCCACAGCAAGAGUUCAUUGCGCGUGCACUAACCUCACAUCGUGAAGGUGAUGCAUGGGUAAUGCGUUUACGCUCACAAGCGGAAAUGGAUGCACUUGUUGAAGCUGCUGGCUUUAAAAAGGUCGACCAAUGUAUUGAUGAGUUUGGAAUAUUUACCGUCUCAGUCGCACAAAAGCUAUAA